CACUGUCACGUUGAUGCCCAUAACUCUGACUUGGUAAGAAAGGGACGAGCCGAAUUUUUCGUACCGUUUCGGCUACAAAGAUCGCCGUUUACAUCCUGCCCACAAUCAUGAUCAUGGAUGAACAACUCCGGCAGAUUGCACCGAGCGAAGACUUUGAUCCAAUGGCGGCUUUACUCGGGAUGAAUGUCACUGUAAGAAGAGAACUGUAUCAAGAGCGUGCAAGGAUCAACGAAAUGGUUGUUAUUCAGCACACUGAGGAUAUCGAGUCUCUCAAAAAGCAGAUUGAUGAGAAGAACAAAGAAAUCGAUGAGCUACGUAAAUCAAUGGACAGUCUGGUGGAGCAGAAUCAAGAGUUAAGCGUGGCGCUUAGGUCUAGAAACGAGGAGAUUAAAGCCCUCAAGACGAGAAUCGGUCGACUCGAGACUGAUAAAAAGGACUUGGAAGACGAGCUGAAGUCUGUUACAGUCAAGGUUAGCCGAAUGGAAAAGGAUAUCAGAGAACUGAACGAAGCAAAGACCGCCCAAGAAGAGAAAAACAUGGAACUACAAGAAAAUUUUGACAAGGUCACAGGCAAGCUAGAGAGUAGAAACCAAGUAUUGAGGAAAGAGAUAAAGGAGAUUCGAGAAUCACAACACAAAGAGGCGCUGCCGCCAUCAAUAGUAACCCCAAGAGCAGGAGGACGUCAAAUGCUUACUCCUCCAUUACCAAGGCACCUUCAGAGAGCCGAUUUGGAACUGCAUGCCUCGCUCACUUUGGGAGAGCUGUGCCGACAGUUCCAGAACAAGUUGUAUAAGAUAAUAUUCCCGAAUUCGUUUCAGUCAAACAGGAAUUACAAGAUGAAGAAUAUUUGGCGCGAUUUGGAUAGACUGCCUCAACUGGAAGAGGAAAAGCAGCGAUCAAGGAAAAAGUGGGACGAAAUAAAGCAAAAGUUGAAAUGGGAUGAAUGUUACGAAGAUGCCAUGAAAGCACUCCAGGAAAGCCGAAAUAUGGAUGCCCAUCCAGCCCCUUUAACGGAGGAAGGUCUUGCAAGAGCCGCAGAACUCAUGGAUUCCAAAGGUAACCUGAAAGGUUGGCUGUCUUUGAAACGAGUGAAUGAUUUGAUAACUAUGUGGAAAAACGUUCAGACAAUGGAGUGAGUCAUAUGUUUGUGAUAUAUUGGUAUCGCUGAAAUAGUUUAAAACUCAAAUUUAGCUGCUUUAUUACCAAGGAAGGAUAAUAGAAACAUGUGACUAUAUUCAUAGCUAUUAUCCAUGGAACUGAGCUACAGCUAAAGGGAACCAUGUUUCACACGGUGAAAUAUGGAGACGAACAUUUACAAAGUCACGAUGUUUUGUUUCUUUAUUUUUAAACUAGAUUGUCGAUUUUCUAUCAGGGAUAACUAUUUCAACUUUAUAUCAAAUGUUUCACUUGGGAGUAAGAAAAACAAUUUCGAUUCUCGAUGAAAAUUAUCAUUAGAUGUAAAAUUUAA